AACUCCAUGAAGGUGAUGUUCAAGUGCUUGUGGAAGAACUGUGGGAAGGUUCUGAGCACAGCAGCUGGGAUUCAGAAACACAUUCGUACUGUACAUCUGGGGCGUAACUGUGAGUCGGAGUGCAGCGACGGUGAGGAGGACUUCUACUACACCGAGAUCAAGCUCAACACGGACUCCGUGGCCGAGGGGCUGAGCAGUCUCUCUCCCGUCUCGCCCUCCGUGCUUUCCCCCUCGGCCGCCCGCCCUGGCGCCCCCGAGCCGGGCCGCCCGGAGACCGCCAGCGCCAGGGGCGAAGGAGGCAAGCUCGCCACCCCCCUGAGCCGCUCGGCUCCCAGCACCCUCUACCUCGUCCACACUGACCACGCCUACCAGGCAACUGCACCUGUUAACAUCCCGAGUUCAACCAACUUCACCCCAAAUGGCAGCGGCAGCUUCAGUAUUUCCUGGCAGUCUCCUCCGGUCACCUUUACUGGCAUACCUGCCUCGCCAACACACAGCCGGUCACAGAGCUUUGUGGAGCAGCGCCCCCAGGCCAGCACUGUCCUGUCCUCCCCCCCGAGAGCUGCAGGCGGUCUCAGGAAAUCCCGAGGGGAGGGAAGGAAGUGCCGCAAGGUGUAUGGCAUGGAGAACCGGGACAUGUGGUGCACGGCCUGCCGCUGGAAAAAGGCCUGCCAGAGGAAGGAGAAGGCUUCUGUCAGCGGUUCCGUUGUUUGCUAGGGGGAAAUACGGUUUUCUCCUUUUACUAUCUUCUUGGCAGUGGAGGAGAGACGACGGAAAGGCAUCCUCUUCAGUGGGAGUAGGAAAUGCUCCACCUGGUUGAAUUGAUCCUGACGUUGGAGUUAAGGAUGAGCCGAAGCAGAGUUUACACUUCAUGGAGGGAGACCACCUGCAAAACUGCUUUCUCUGCUACCUUUCUGGAACUGAUUUCACAGAAAACCUGAGCUUUUUUUAUGUCCAUUUUUAUAUGUUUGCUGAUGACUUUUUCAGGGAUUUGCUCUAAGAAAACCAGCAGCUAUGUUUAUACGAGACUGAUCUCAGUGACCAUCUGUUUUUAUCGCGUGGAAAAACUCAACGUGUUGCAACCAAAAAUAUGAAUCUCCUUUUUUGUUUUUAAACACAAUAGCUGUCAUUUAGCACCAGAAAUUUGUAAGAGUUCAAACUUUACAGGCAGUAUUGAAGCCAAUCAUUAAAGGGCCAUAUUUUUUAAAGGUGGGUGUUUCUGCUGUAGGUCUGGCUACAACCAGAAUUUACAUCUGCUGUUUUUCUUUUUCGUCACAACACAUGAACAAAACAUGACUCAUCGGCUAAACAAAGGUAUUGAAGCAUGCCCAAAUGUAAUACUUGUUUUUUUUUAUGACAUUGCACUCUAUGUUGUGCUCACCAGAAGACAUUUCUUAAUCUUGUGUACAAAAAGAUAGAUACUUUAUUAAUCCUGUAAGAGAAAUUGCUGAAGGUAUAUGAAUUAAGGAAUAGACAUCUGUGGUUCUUUCUCAGCCUCUGUGAGAAAGCUGUGCAUACACUCUUUUUACCUGUACCUUGUAGGCUUUCUUAGCGACUGAUUUUUUUUUAAAGACGUUUAUUCAGAGUGUUUGAUUCUUUGUUUCAAAUGGAGGUGUGAAGUCUGAGAAGACAGACAAGUGUUAGAAGCACAAUAUCAAAGGCAGAAUUACAAAAGAGCCCACUCACCCGAUUAUAUUUUUGUUUUCAUGCGAAGGGAAGAGUUUCCCUAGUGUUAUAAGCUAUUUUUGAAAGCGUUCCAGUGUUGCCACCAUGAACCUUCAAAUGUGUCGUCAGCAUGACGUCUUUGCCAGGCUGCUGAAAAGAACAAACGAUUGGAUGAGGAGUGCUUUCAGUAUUGCUGCAUCAUCAUAUUUCCACUGUUCAGAAGGAGGAAGAUUGUCAUUUAAAAAAAUUCCAGUCCUGAUAUGUGCUGGGGGUUUAAAGUCUAUGGAUAAGUUAGUCAUUUUCAAUUGUGCACCUCGGGCAAGGGUAACUGGCUCACACCAGACGAUGUCUUUGUAGACACCGGCUUCAAAACGUAGAUGUUGAGCUGUUAAGUCACGCAGCUACCAUUCACUUUGAUGGAGGGGGCCAAGAAAUUGAAUACCGUGUUUUAACCCUGCUACUGCUUUUGGAUUGAUCUUGGCUACCAACACUCACAGUAGUUUUUUUUUCUCCCAGUGGUCCUUGGUUUUUUAUUAUCAGUUAAUCCAGCUGCUUAUUCCAGUAGAAUCAGAAGGCAAAUUUAGCUGUGUGUGUGUGUGGGACUCAAGAAAAUGGGGUGGGAAAUAUCCAACUCUCUUCUACGAUGAGAAAUCCUGUUUUGUGACUUGUAAAUGCAACUUGUUGGGUUGAUCAGGAGCUUUCAGCAGCACACAUUUGAGAAUAUAUAUUGAAAAGGAGGCACUUAUUUAGCCGAAAAACAUUUGGUCAACUCAUAGAGUGACAUAGAAUGAACACAAGGAAAAAGAUCUGUGGAGAGACUGGCCGUUCCGGCACCGUCACCCGUUGUCAACUGACAGUAGGGUUAGUUGGAUUCUAAACUUUCCAUCUGUCUAUGACGGCCUUGUUAUCUGUGCGAAGUGAAACUUUAACACCGCCACAGUCCUUCGGUUUCGCUGCCGGAUGGACCCCUUGGCCUUGUCUUCACCACUGGAAGUAGACUUGUACUGUAAGUGAAUGCCGGGACUUUUGAUAGAAGGUACUUCAGUGGAGGAGAAGCUGGAUGUGCAGUACAUGGUGUAGCUAAUGAGUUGCCGGAUGACACUCUUAACUCUGAACACCUUAAACGCACACAAACAUCCCAGUUCACUUCCCCCCAGCAGGACGUUGUGUUCUGCAGCAAGGCUCCUGUCGCCUUUUGCUUUUUCCACAAUUCUGGAAUAUUCUGUGCCCUCCUCUUUGCGCUUCAUGUAUACGUUGACUUUGUUUUGAGAGUGAUAGUUUUCAGUUAGUCCCAUAAUCAAGCACUUAAUGAGCUCCUUAGCACUUAAAAAGAAAUUUUGUACAUAUGUGAGGGGCAAAUGUUAGGAGUCUCCAAAAUGGCACUUGUAAUGCUUUUUUAUUCACUUAAAUGAUUUUCAAGUGAAAGAGUGAAUUCAAAAUAGAGCUUUGGCAAUUGAUACAGCGUAAACAUCUCACCAAGUCUCGUGAAGUGUUUACUUUAGCAGUAGUCGGUUAAUUUUGAGGAUUUUUGUGCUCUGCAAGACGGAACAAAGAAAAAAUAACACUUGUUCUUGACAGAAAUGUCACCUUUGUGGAAAGGGGAACCACGAAAUCUAGGCGAAUGAAGCUCUCUUUUUUAGUUUGUGGAAGUAAGCUGGUAGCUUGUUCUCCUUCUGGAGAAAACCAAACUUACCAAUGGAGAGUUCUGUGCUGCACCUCAGGACAGCUUAAAAAUAGUCACACCAUUCCUUAGAUUCUAUUCCUUAAAUGUACUUACAUUUAGUUUGGUACAGGUUGGAAACAAUAUCUUCAGCCAGUGUGGAGUAUCUUUUUUCCUCCAGCUACAUUUCCUGCUCUUCCUUCGGUUUUGCUCCACUUGGCUUGCUGGCACAGAAUUGGUGAGCUUGUAGUUUUCAAUGGAAGAGCAUUGGUCUGGUGAUGGAGUCUUGAAAUUCCCAAACGUAGCUACAUUUACUGCACCAUUCCGUGGUUGCUGUGAUUUUUCAGAGCAUGACAAUCGCUCCAAAUCAAAUUUGGAAGUAUGGGGACAAAAUGUCUGCCAUUAGCAUCUCGUCACUUGUGGUUUUAGCUUUUUUUUACCAUGGUGGAGGAGACUUAUUUCCCAGCAGUCUUGCCAUGAAGCUACACCUCCAAGCACAGAGGAGAUACUGUAUUCAAUUUCUCUCAGGAUCUGCUCAAUACUUCUUUGUAUUUAGAGGUAACUACAUCUCAAGAGAUGUGCUCUUGUCGCUCUUGCAACCGAAGAGCUGGAAUGCCAUUCUUUAGAGUACAUCUACAGCUCUUUUUAUUACAAGGUGGGAUUUCUACCGAGAUCAAUAUUAAAAUAUUGGUUUUGGGUUGAGUUAUUAAACUACAAAAUGCUGAACUAGACCUCAGAACAAUAACAAAGUGUUACAGCUGUCAAAACACUACUUCAGUUAGCAGCAAACCUAAAUUCUGUAGGUUGGAAAUUGCAUUCAGAAAACAUUUUAAAAAAUGCUGUAAAGGCCCAACGUGAAUAGUACAUUAAGGGUUAAUGAUUUUUGUUUGCAUUAUUGGUGGCGUGCAUUACUUCUGUUUCAUCAGGCAAAUUAACCAUCUUUUAACUUCCUUGAUCAAUGACCUGAUCUUUUCUGAAUGUUUUCAGCAUUCAAAUGUUUUUAUUCAAAAGGAAGGAAAGCAUCAUCUAGAGCAGAUGCUAAUUUUGGGUUUGGCAGGGUCUCAACUCACCUUCUUCACUGGGUCUUUACUGCACCAAUGGCAGUUUGGUUGAACUGUGCUACGUUCUUUGUUUUUUCUAAAACACACGCAUGUUUAAGACUAGGUUAGUCUUUAAUAAAGCGGGAAUAAGUGUAUAAUAAAGAUGCAAUUGCUGUAUGGUAGAUUUAACCAUGACCCAUGCAGCUUCCAUUAAGCCGUCUUUUGUAGAAAGGUUUUCAAUCCUCAGCUAUACUUCACUAGACUUACAGUAAAUGGCGACACUUCAAAGGGUCAUAAAUAUGAAAAAUGAGCUUAAACUGAACUACAUGCUUAGAACUAUGGCGAGCCCUCAAACUCGAUUCUCAAAGCCAUGGAUCAGUGAAAUUCUGGUUAACUUCCAAACUGUGCCAGUAGGAACCCCUUCCUCUGCAGUUCUAGUACAUGCCAGGAGGGCUAUGUUUGUGCAAAUGUGAUUUUCUGUACUUCCGGUGGCCUGUUCAGGGUGCACGUUCUUUAGUAUUCAAGAGGAGCAAAAUAAUAUCAGAGGGCAUCUUUGAGAUCUUCCAUGAUUGCUUUGUUAACGCCUCACCACAGGAUGGUCCCUGCUGAAGGCUGUUUCUCUGCCUAUGCAAUACUAUUGGCCCUUUUGGCUUCACAUAUUACUGUAACAGUGCUGCACAACACUGUUCUUGUUUGUAAGGAAAGCCGUUCCAAGCCUGACUGCUGGUGGGGAUGUUGGUGAUUAGGAACACUUUGUGCUCCCUCUGGUGGACGCUGGUGGUAUUAGUGCCUGCUGGUGUGUACAGCUAUCGUCCAUGUGGUCUUUAUGGUCCCUCGUGUACCACAUUUCAUUGCUCCAUGGUCCACAGGUUUAACAAUACAAUAGUUUAAAUAGGCCAACUAAUACAUAAGGUCCUUGUCUAGCAAACUGGUGUAACUUCAGUUGAGAUCCAUGCAUCCUUGAACUGGCCUAUUGAGCAUAUUUGAAGCAGUCGUUGCUUUUCUGUUGAAAAAUAUGUUUGUAGUUUGCAAGUUAGUUUUAACCUUUUAACCACUUAAGGGGCUUCUUGUACUGGGCUUGGAAGAGCCAACUGGUAGCUUUAACCCCUGAUUUUUAGACUCUGCUGUGAGCCCGUGGACUGCUCGUGACAUCAUGUCCCAUAUACAGUAGACUUCCCGCAGUUUGCUCAGGGACAGCAUAAUGCUUUGAUAUCCUGUCCCUUUUUCUGAGUGGCGAAUGAAUGCAUGUGGUUGAAGUGCUAUUGUAAAAUAGACAAACAGCACAAGGUUUUAAUCAGGUAGAGCAGUGUUUAAUGGGUCAUGUUGAUACAGAAACAACCUUUCCUUGUAAGCAGAUAUCCUAUCCAGGUGGGAUACUGGGGGACUUCUAAGGGUACAGAUUUAACAUGAUUAUGAAUAUACUGUAUGACUUCCCCUUGAGGGAUGACGAAUUCUUUCUGGAGAGCUGUGAUACUCGUAUGUAAUUUCUACACAGAUUAAUUAAUGGAUAGUAUUCAACGUCCAGGGAGAUAUAAUAGGAUGUUGAGUAAUGAAUAGCCUUUCAGCGCUGAAAGGACUUCAUCCAGUGUUUCUGCGGAGCCUGGUGCUAUACAGUGGUGAGUACACGUUGUAUGUGAAAAACUGAUUUAUUUUCCAUUCCAUUGUGAUUAAUAUUAGUCAUCGACAGAAGGGGCUUCUGGGAAAGUCGCAGGUAGUAGCAUGUGUAGUCAAAAUUGUAACCCGAUGAGUGCUGUACAUCUCCUGCAUGUUCUAUCCCCCAAGUUGUAGGUGCUGUCUUGUGGGAUAGUGUCCUGCUGGAUUGUUGUCUUGUCAGGAAGAUGAGAUCCCAGAACUGGAUAAUGUAGGGUCAAGCCAUCUAGUUGUCAUCUGUUACUACAGUACAAGAGGGAUCUCCUGCCCAGAUCUGGUCUAUUGGACAUGACAAUUGGUGUUUUGUUCGGCACAAAGCCUAGAUUCAGGGCUAAAGAGGACUUUGAUCCAUCGUUGAUGAAUUUACAAGGUGUUGCUCCAAUAACCUUGUUCAUUCAAGACAUUGUUCUCUUGAAAGGGGGAGUAUUGCUUCUUUUCUGUGUCUAUCAUUCCUGACUGCUUUUGUCACAUAUGAAAUUCACCGGGUGAAAUGGCCUAUCAGCUGCGUUCAGUCUAAAUCAUGAGGAGAUUUAGUGCUCUCUCCAUGACCACAUCGUCAAAGUGACUUAAAUGGAUCUGUCACGAUCACGAUCCACUAAUGAAAAUACUGCCAAAUCAAAACCCAAAAUUUGUAUUUGUAUAUCUUUUUAAUAAUAAAAAUGCAACACUUUUAGUGAUAGUUUUCAUUCUAAAUACAAAUAUUUCACUUCUCAGAGCUAUGGAAAAUGGUUAAAGAGGUGUCUGGUGGAGCUUGGAAAAAUGGAUAGGGGAGUUUGAUGCAGUCCUUUAAAAGAAAAAUUAAAGAUUGAGCCAAUUUAAGCUUUUACAGUAACAAUGGAUGGUGGCCAGUGUCAUCACCUGUCACUGUGCAAUCAAAUGUAGGAGGAUUAGGAAAAGACAAAAAAUGCAUAAUGUGCUUUUCCAGAACGCCAAAAAGAACUUCGAAGCCCAAUAUAGUUGUUUUGUGUAGGAGGAGUCACAGAGUGGGUGUGUUCACCACAAUUACUUGUUUUUAAAGCUGUAUUGCAAUGGUGUUUUGUACUGCCUGAUUUUUAAAAUUCUGGAACUGUCUGCACAACAUGGUAAAAGAAGCUGAAUAUCUCUUGAUAUUCAGUUAAUCCAUUGAAUUGAUGUCUUCUGUGGGAACUAAGUCUUUUUACAUUUCUAAGAUGUCUUAAAAGAAGUCCCAUUCAUUUCUAAACAAGCCUCUGGUGACUUCAAGUUGAAUGCUGUGGAACACAGACGGUUUUAUUUUCCUAAGGUAAUUCUUAGGAAGGCUUCUGUGAGUAAAGGAACGUUCUGGCACGUCCUGUUUGAGGCGCGGCUUGUCCAGAGGAUUAAAUUGGACGAGAGGAGGGAAUGCGUUUUAGCAUUCCUUUGUUUAAAAAGGAACGGGCGAAAUGUAUAAAAAAACCUUUGAAGCAGUGUGAAAGCAGAACUGGGAGAGAAGGGAGUCUGUGUCUUGGAGGCUUUGUAAGGGGUAACGGUACAAAAGUCAGGCACAGGUGGUGACUUUCCAGGGCUCAGAAGGCAUGCCUCUGCCCCAGCGCUCACCUCAUGGGGCGGGUUUGUUCUGGUGUCUGGGGGCGGCCGAGUGGGCUCACUGAGGUUGUGACGUGGCAGACACGAAGGUCAUUCGCCUCUGUGGCAUUCCCUGUCCCUGCUCUGAAUUGAAAUGGGCAGACAGUGGCUUCUCAGUGUGACCUAUAACGCCCAGUUCAGGCUCUUUUCAUUGACUCUAGCACCUGAUCCCUACUGAAGCCUUGGUGUGGGAGCAGAGUGUUUGUAGAGGUGGCCUGCUCCAGGAAUGCCUGGUUGUCAACGCCGUUCAUGGGAGGGGUGUAGUCUGGUCUCCCGGGAUGACCUACCCCUUACCUCCUAUCCAGCUCAGUUGGAGUGAAUCAACCCGGCAGGCUGCCUCAGAGGGCACGCACAGUUUGUGUUAAUGGUUCUUGUAUUUGAAGUGCAAGGUUGCAGCUGUGAGCUGGGUUUUAAUAGAAUAGUCGACUGAAAGGCAUGGCAGGGAAAGCAGGAAGCUGGAGGUUUUCAGUGUGGUGUCCCGAGCCUGUGUGUGCCAGGUCACUUCGGAGAUUGCUUUUCUCGUGCCACCUAUUAAGAAGUCAAGUCUGAUGUCCUCCAGCCUAUGGCUUUUCGCUUAGGCUGGUGAUGGAUUUAAUCAGGCAAAAAAUCCAGACAUGGUAUUUAGUAGCCAGUAGCUAAGUGAAAGCCAGUGGAUACCCUGCUCUCACUUACUGUGUUUCUAAUUUGACAUCCAUCCAUUUUCUAACCACUUCUUCCAGUUCAGGGUCACAGGGAGCCAGCGCCAAUCCCAGCCAGCAACGGGCGCAAGGCAGGGUACACACACGCCUAGGGCCAAAUAUCCCAGAAGCCAAUUAGCCUACCAGUAUGUUUCUGCACUGUGGCAGGAAACUAGAGCACCUGGAGGAAACCUGCAUGAACGCAUGAACUCCAUGCUGUCCUCUUACCUAGCAAGUCACCAGUUUAGUUGCAAACAUUGAAUUAAUGACCCACUCGUGCAAACCUACAGUAUAUUAAGAUAGAUACUUAAUUGAAUCCCGUGAGGGAAAUUGUAACAUUAAGUAUUCCUGCUAAUGUUCCGCUGUGGAAAAGGAAAACCUUUCAUGCAGAUACCGUACUUCAGAAUGCUCUGCAGUACCUUCAAAAGAGCAGAACUCGACAAAUUCUCUGUUGUAAUCGUCUCCGUUUUUAGUGUCUUAAGAAUGAGUUAUCUCGCUGCUUAUACCAUCAAGUACUGUGCUCUCUUGAUUCAAGGGGAAAAACAGCCGGUGUUGUUCUGGGUUGAACAAACGCCAACUCUCUGUGCUUUUUAAUACUGCAUGUGCAUGCGAAAUAAAAACGAAGUACUCGAUGUUUAUUUUAUUACAAGGUCUGAAGGUUUUGUUCCGGGAAAACAUCGUUUUUUUUGUGACAAAUGUAGUUGAGCUGAAUUGUGUGCAUUCUCGCUGUGGUGAUCGCCAUGUUCCAAGGUCCUGCUGUGAUACAGUUGAAAGCUGAUCUUAUUUUAUAUGGUUUCCGCACUAAAGACAUGCCGCUGCGAUUAGCACAUCUCCAUUCGUGCUGCCGAGGGAUGGGAGGGUGAGGAGACAGGUGAAGGAAGUUGACUGUUGAAAACAAAGCAAAACAAACAAAACACAAUGCUCAGGACCUCUUUCUGGUAGGCUUGACAAGCAGCAGGGAGAUUCAAAAGUUUAAGCCAUAGCAGAGAGCACUGUGUUUUUUUUUUCUCCAGAAAAUGAGGUUACUGAUGUCUCAGGAUAUCAAUUUCUUUUAAUGACAGUGGAAAUUUCUCGAAAUUGCUCGCCGCUUGUUUUAAGGGUGCAGAGCAAACGUAGUAGAGGGGAGGGGAGGUAUUUUCAAGACAUUUUCCCUUUAAGUGCCUGAAACCAGGCCUGUUGUUAUCUUGACCUUUUUUAAGUGUCCUACAAGUGAGGAGUCUGAUGCUUGCCGUGUAGUUCAUGAGUUAUAUGUUUGUCAUUUGUGUUUUUGCUGUGUCAAAUCAAUAAGAUCGUCUUCUCUUGUGUAAGUUGCAGUGGUGAAGGAGGCCAUUUUGAUAGAUUGUAGAAUGUAACUAAUAGGCACAGAAUAUAGCUAAUUCUUCAAAUAGCAUCCAGCUUAAGCGACAAUUAGUUAUUUUUCCCUAGAUAAAUUGCCAGGGAUGUACAUCCAGAAGCGAACAAACAGAGUCGCACAUUUAUAGCUUUAUGCCCAUAUUUCUUCAAGUAUUAAAUUGUUCCGUAUAUUUCCGAAAUUAGCCGUUUUUGUUAAUAAAAAAGAGCACAUCUCAUUUACAUUUCUUGAUUCCUCCCCCCCGUUCUCGUCGUCUUGUUUUUCACACUGAAAACGCCAUUUCAGCCCCAGCUGCUCAUUUUAAAAAGGCGUCCGGGUUCAGUGUCAAGGGGAUGUAACCUGUGCCUUUCGACCGCAUUGCCAACCACAAUGGUACAUGGCAUUUUACAGCACAAGUAAGCUCAAUCGCAAUUGCUGUGAAAGAUACACGUGUAACAUUUAUGUUGAUGUGUUUAUUUAAAACAAAAACAAACUGAAUAAAGUGAAAAGAGACCUGAAGAACCCAUAGCCCCGAGAGUCUAUAGUGGGUGUAGCAGAAUAUAAUAACAUACACGGGUGUCUCUAGAAUAGAUGGCUGAAGUCGGGGUUAAGUCGCCAGAGGGCGGGGUCGCUACAUUCAGCGAAAGGCAUUCUUCUCCUUCUCACUAUGAAAUCAAUGACCUGGUUGCACCUGGAAUCGCCAAGACCUUAUAAAAGCCGUGUCUGACGAGCGGAGGGUUAUUAUCUCGCAAGACCUUUAGGGUUACUGAGAAUAGUGAGCACUAAAAAAAAAUAAAUAAAUUGAGGAACAUAAACUGUUUGCGAGAGGGUGUUUUACUACGAUUAUACUCGUAAGAGUAGAGUGUCAGAUUAGGUUUACACCGGAUAAUAUUGGUAGCAUCCCCGGUCGCUUUCCCCGUCGGGACGCCGGUAAAGAGAAGGCGGCUGAUGAGCGCACCCGGUCAAACGGAAUCUACCAGGUAAGGAAAUUGUUACUGCUGUUGAAGUAAAGCUAGGCUUUUGGUUUUGGGGUUUUCGUGAGCUAGACCCCCCCCUGCCACUCCAUCAUGGAAGCGGCAUCUUCCCCAAGAGGCUUGUCCGUUGACCCUUUUAAUAUCCUACUUGGAGACUCUUGGGUUCUUCAGGGUGCCUCGUCGCUUGACGCAGUCACCAUCCGAGUGGGACGAAAUGAUGUGCGUGCGCUUUCAGUUUGGAAAGAGCUUUUAGAAGUCUUGUAUUGCUUUUCAAAGCCCAAUACUGGUAACUGCGUGAAGUAAUCUAGCACGAAGACGUAGUAUCCGUUUUUUUUUCCUUGUCGGGAAAGUGGGAGCGAGUACACGUCCUGAGCAGUUAGCGCACAAGAAAACGCCAUGAAGAACACGUCUCUAUAUUUUGCUUGGGGAAAACGUUUUGUUCAGAAUCCCGGCUGGUAGACCCCUCGCAUUUUCUGUCUGAAUUGCACUUUUGUUAUGGUUGUCUAUCGGAAAUACGGUCUGCAUUUUUAGAGUUAUACUAUAAGAUUCGAGUUGUGUGUGUGUUUGCACCUGUUGUGACCUGGGCGGCCAGGUGUAGUCAGGCUGGAGUUACGAAUCCAUAACUGAGACCAGAAUGGGCCGCCAAUGUUGGAGUCCAUGUUGAUAUUGAACACGGUUAUCUCCGUUAGCUGUAAGCUCUCUUUUGCUCACGUUUUGUUUUUGAAACGGUAACUGCUUUGUGCUCCAGUUUUUAUGUCUGCUGCAAAACCGAAAAACGGCAGUCUUUUGUCAUGCUAAUUUUACAUGCGAUACAAUGAGUAUAAUUACAAAUACAAAGAAAGUUAUAAUGUUGGGGGUAGUGACUCAGUUACAAGGGUACCUUCCCAAGCGUUUUUCCCACAAGACAUUUAUUUUUAUGUUGCUUUGUUUAGUAUGUAGGUGAAUAAAAGAGUUAGGUGUUGAGGGGUCAGUAUGUACAGUAUACAGUAGUAGUUGAAUUUUGUUGACGGGUUCAAGUUUUCUGCCCCGUCUGAAGGACGUGGUUUGUAAAAACAAAAGCAGUGUGGUUCUUCAGUGCAGAUAUGAAAUUGCAGAAAAGUGUUUGCAUGCAGUUGGAAUAAUCUUAUUCAUUAAUUAGAUUCAUUAAUCUUUCUCCACCAAAAUCUAUGUGCUUCCUGAUGUUUUGAAACUCCCUCCCCCCAAAAAAAUAAAACGCAUAUAACCCCUUAACAAGUCCUUUCUCACACUUGGUCUGAAAAUCUGAAAAUGAAUGUAUUCUUGUCAGUGACAGCUUUUCUGUCUCUGUCAGUAGAUUGGUUGACAAUGAGGAGUUUGUCUGCUCUCAACUGCUUAAAAAUCCUUAUUGCCAAAUAUAGAUAUCUGAGUGCUGUGCACAUUUUGAGCAAAAAAAAAAAGUUGUGGGGUCUUGAAAGCUUCACAAAGAAACUAUGGUCUUAUGCAGUAGAUGCAUUGGAUGAGUUCAGCUGUAUUUGAGAAUUUGCAUUAUAUUAAUGUAAAGGAAUUGUUUCCUUCUGAAACAGUCAGUGUUUUCAUGGUUCUAGGUUCUAGGUGUCCCUGAGUCUUUGCAGGCCAAAAGCCAUACCUGGUUGUCAGUACUGACCCACUCCACCGCUGUGUCAAGUGGACUCGCUAGACUUCCCCCUCGAGGCUUCCAGAAUUAUCCUGGUCAUUUAAAAGAAGUGUUUUGAUCCAGAGCUUCCUUUUCCCCUUGGUGGGGGAAUGUUGUCGUUCAGAAAUUUAAAACCAUUACAGAUAUGUACAGUAAAUAAGCCUGGAUUGUAAUAUUUCUAUAGCCACUUGCUUUCUUUUACUUAACAUGUACUCAUGCAGUAGUAGCGAUCGUCUUUGCAGAUGUAUCUUUGAUUCAAAAUGCUGAAGAUCUUGAAGUGGCACCUGUGGAUUAUUUCUAGGAAUGUCAGGUUCACAAUUACAGUAUGUAAAGAGCUGUUAAAUGGCAAUGAUAUGAAGUGAUCUCAGGUGAAGCAUGAGCUGGGAUAAGGAAAGGGACACGGAUGAAGGAAUUAAGUGACUCAUCUUCCACAGCUUUACACACUCUUUGGUCAAUAAAGCUGUUCAUCUGUUUUUCUUGUGCUGAGUGGCACAAUGCAGUGCAAAAAAAACAGGCUCAGGAGAAUGAAUUAGCUCUGGUCUUACUUUUGGGUGAGUUUUUUUUUGGGGGGGAGUGGAAAGGACUCCGGUUCAUGGGAGAAAAACAGUGUUAGGCAAAUGUUGGUCCUUGACUUGAAAUAACCAAACACAAACUCAGGAAUCUGGCUUGUAAUUUAAUGUAAAGAGGAAUGAGAUGGCCUUUAAAACUAAGCAAAAAAAAAAAGUCUUCUUCUCUAGGGUAAAGGUGCUUCAUCUCUUGAUUGCAAAAAACAUUCUAAAAAACAAACAUUUCCCUGUCGGUCUCUGUGCAGAAUUCCUUUUCUUCAAAAGUGUUGAAUUUCACCAUACUUAUAAUAUGCAUACGUUAUAUUCAUACUGUUGAGGAAGGUGUGAAUAGAAAGUAGGCUGUACUUGGUUGCAUAAUGUUCACCUCAAAAUUACCUCAAGCAGGGGAGAUGACAGCAUGGUUUUAAGAACCUGGUGACAAACAAGGUUGACUGCUAAAUACUGUAAAUGCAAGCGUCUCAAGUAGAUCAGUGCUAUACUAUACAAGCACUUUUUUUUUUAAAUUUUAAAACUGGGUGUCCCCCACCCUCUGGGAGUCUUACCAUCAGAACAUCUGAACAUUCAAGGGGUUCUCCAAAGCACACGUGGACAAAUGAGAUUUUUUUUCCUGGCACAUCCUUCUUUUAAGGCCAACCCCAAUAGGCUGACAAGCUUGCACAAGCCACAUUGUGCUUAAGAUGACCUUUACUGCGUGAAACCGAGAUUCUCCCUGCUACAGUAUAUAUCCACAGCAAGGCAUCAGGAUAAUCUGGAUGGGCUUUUAUAAAUGUACCUUUUGGUUUAAAGAAAUGGAUUCAGUGUCUUUUGUUAAGUCCCUUUAAAAUUGAACCAGGAGAAAAAACAAACAAACAAGCGACACUAUGCUACAGUGCAGGAACGAUAUCGGGGUUUAUAAAAUGAUGCUUCGAAACAUUUCAGCACGUCAUGAGCGUUCACUGUAAAUCACAAUCUCUGGCAGAACCAGUGGAACCUUUGGGAGAUUUUGCCUCGGAGGCAUCAAAGAAUUCCGAUUUAAUAGAACAAUCUGGGCUGUGAAAAAUAGAAAAUCGCACAGAAUAACUUCUAUGUUCUAUUGUAGGCAAAGUGGUGUUUCAAAGGUUUUGCCGUAGGACGUUGGCAAGUCAAAGUACCACAUCUCUUCCUAUUGUGGGGGUGGAAGCCAUUUAAUCACGAAUGCUGAACUUGAAAUCUCUCGCUUCUCAGAUGUCUGAAACCAAAGCAGUGUCUUUUGGAAGAGUUUCCAUCCACAGUUGCUGAAGUUAGCAGGGGUCGCAUUUCGGAAGUUGCCUGCGCCUGAAACGGCUUUUCGUGUCUCGAUAAAAGGAAUAAGAGUCGGUCCAUCCGAGAUGAUAAGAGCUGCAGAGGCGAAAUGCAAGGCGGUGCGAAAGAAAAAAAAAAGCAGUUGAGUUUUUAUAAUCUACUAAACAAAUAUUUACAUGAAAUAAGUGUUUUACAUGAUGUAAGAAAAGUAUAUAAAAAGCUGUUUUUAAACAAAAAACUACUUGCUGAACGCGAUGUUUCACUUAUCCAUACAUGCCUUUUCUGUUAUACCAUGAACUGUAGAAAAAAAAAAGAAUGUUGUGCUUUUCUAAUAGAAACAAACAAAACUGACUGUUAACUUUCAAUUGCUGGCCGUACUAGUUAUUUCACAAAGCAGCUGUAUAUACCCACUGUAUAUAACUCCGGACAUGGUAUUGUGUGAUCUUGUGGUCAUGUCUUUAUGGUGCUUGUAAGUACAGCGGUUGUUUUCUUUCGGUGUCGUUCUCUUCGUGAGGCUUUCUGUGUCCUGAUCUCAUAAGCAAUCGACGGAAAUAAAGAUUUUUUGGCAGCUGUU